UAGUGGGUGUCUAAUGUGAGACACCUGAAUGGAGCCUGAUUUCCAAAAAAUGCUGAGCGUGUUCCAGCUCCUUUACAAUGUCUUGGGUUAGGCUCCUAAAUCCUGAGGCUUGUUAUGGUCUUGCAAAUCGCUCUCUGCCUCAGUUAGCCCAUCUGUAAAAUGGGGCUGAGGCUGAAUGGAGGAGGCAUGGGGAUAAAGCACUGGGAGCUACUCUACCCCAGACAAAGAGGCAAAGAUUCCCUUGGAAAGCAGGAGGUUCAGGGUAGGGGUGCACCCAGAAUUUUGCUAAGGAGGAGGCCAGGGUACUGGCCCAGCUACCCCAAACCUGAGGGGCAGAGUGACGCCCUCUGCUUGGUCAUAAUGUCACUUGUAUUUGGCCCAGCCACCCCUCCAUCCUGCCAACGGGAAUGGGGCUCUGCUGUGAGAUCACCCAGCUGGUCAGGAGGCAAAGAGGGGGACCCCCUUAUACCCUUCCAGAGGGUCACUACCUUUGACUGGCUAGGGGUUCAGAGCGGGGAGCCCCCAGCCUGUGUGGCACUUGGACAUGGGGCCACUCACUGCCCUUCCCCCUGCUGGCCAGUAAUGGGUCUCCUCCCCGCACGUGCCCGCAAGAGGGCAGUAUCUAGGGGCCACUGCAGGGCGGGGGGCGGGAGGGAAGGAGGCGGAAGAGCCAAUCCCCCGCCUGCUGUCGCCACUCGAUGACGCCAUCGGCCGGAGCCCGGUUACCAGGCAGCUGCAGCGGCGGUUCGGGGGGAGAUGGCGGCGGAGCAGCAACGGCUGGUGACGAGGCUGCAGGCCUAUGUCAGGGGUUAUCUUGUGAGGAAGAGGUUCCAUAGCUUACAGGAGGACUAUGAGAACACGGUAAAGGAGAUUGAAGGGGAUUUGGGUCAGUUGCAGUGGAAAGGACGCUUCAUACCAACGCCUUUCUUUCCUCAAAAGAAGCAGAUGAAAGUAAAGCGAUUAAUUGAUCAGGAGUCUGGAUCCAAAGACCAGAACAACACUGAUAAAGGGCAGCAAAAGCUUUGUCCUCUUGAGACACUAGAACCAGAAAAGGACUGUGACUGUAGGAGUUACUUGAAACCUCCAGCCCAGCUUCAAGGUGAGGAGAUGGUUUCAAGAGGUGAAAGCAACAGAGUGAAGCAAAAUCCAGAGUGUGCUGCAGAUAAAUCCACUGGACAGGACUGCAGCUUGUCAGGGGAGAAUAUGGAAUGGAAGAACUAUAGCAAUGCAUCAUCUGUAUGGAGCAGCACUGUUCCGGAGACAGGGUCUACUGCAGUCAGCCAGGAGCUCCCAUCCAAGAGCAUAAAACAGGAGCUGCCUCAAACUCUUCCUGACCUCCAGUGCUAUCGAAAUCACUUGGCCAUGGAGCUGCUGUGGCUGCAACAAGCUAUCGUGAGCCGUAAGAAUUAUUUGAUCCUGAGGCAAAGACUGGGGACUCCCGAGCGAUAGGAAACUGUUUCAGAGGGAUGCAGAGUAUGCUCACCUUGUAAUGGAGGAGCAGCGUUCUCUGGGACUAGCUGGACUGUGUCCCAUCCACUGCAGGAGGGGAAUCCUCACGUGAGCAGCAUGAACUGCAGCUGCCUGGGAAAGCACUAGCUCCACUGUGGCAUAGACGUUCUUCAUGGUUAACUUGUGACUUCCACUGGGACUUUGUCACAUUCAUCAGAAUAAGAAUUAGUUACAAUGAAGAUGUUUAUUUUUAAACUUGAAAACUCUUGGUGAAGACAGGUGUUAAAUAUCUGCCCCACGCUAAGGAGGACAUUAUAUGUACUGAAGGGGUUAUUACUCAGCCCUCACCCGGAAGAACCCCAUUUCUGCUGACUGAGCCUGAGAGGGAAAUCUCAGCCAGACUGAUUUGUUUAUGUACUUUUCUUUAAAUGAUUAGUUGAUGAUUUGUGGUUGAACUGAUCUGCAGGGAAGCAGCCUGGUGCUUUGAACACGAGGAAUGGGCUCCCCUCCACAGAGUAGGAAUGGCUUUUUGUAGUCCGCUUACUGAGCCAUGUAUUUGGAAAGAGUCUGUCUCCCAUAUACCAUGACUCUGUUCUCAAGACUUGGAGAUCCCAAAAUACUCCAUGCCAAACCCUGCAGACUUCUCUCCAGCAGAAUGCCAACCACAAGAUUUGGCCCUGGGUGUACAGAAUGUAUUCUCUAACCAGAUGCUUUUCCCAAUGUGCUUUGUUGCCUGUUCUAAUGGUCAACCCAUGAACGACAGAAAGGGGAUUUUUCCCCAUGGCAUGGUUGAUCCCUAUCCCAGACCCUUAACACUUUGUGAGUACAGAUGCUCUGGGUUCUAUCUCUUUCCACGUGCAAUCAUACACAUAUUUAAUGUAGAGUCUGGAACUAUUCCAAUGAAAACUGUGUCAGUUCCUGAACAUACUCAUUUGUUCUCCAUUUUUGUUUCUGAAUAAAAUAUGGUCUCUCCCCAGAUUUGUCUCUGCCAUUGGCUGGGCUAGAUGUUGUCUUGAUCCCUCCACCUAGCACAGACGCUAUCCAGUGAAAAGCAAAGCAAGCCUAACCUCAGCUGUAAUGUCAAAUGCUAGGGAUGGGCAGAGGCUAUUGCUUCAGAUGACAGAGUAUAUGUUGAAGGAAAGCUCUCCAGGUUGUAACCUGUUCACGAUGUAAAUAAAGCUGUUGGAUGCAUCCUUUAA